GUGGGGCCACAAGACACCUUCCUUGGAGGGAGAUGCGUUGUUACGCUGCAUCUCCCCUCGGGAAUUUGUGUCCAGAGAGAUCGAGGCUGCUUUUUGUUACACCUUUAUUCCUCUCAUCUUCUGGGCGCUUCAAGGAUCAAACAGCCGGAGAAAUAGGGAUCUCUGUAAGAGUUGAAAGUCCCCAGCCUUAUCCACUAGAAUAUAAAAGCAGAAGAGUGACUUAUCCUGGGAGGUUUUGCAAGAAAGACAGGAAGCUGCAGAAAGGAGCUGUCAAACUUCAACGGUAAUCUAAUUUUCGCAUUGGCAUUAAGCAGACUCAGGACAUAUGUUCCGUUUGUAUGUACAGAAACAGUACAUAUGUUCUGUUUGCUUGUUGAAGAUCCAUGUUAUCUGGCACCAGGACUCCUUCUGUAGCAUAUGCACACUCUGAAAAGUUGCCAGACCUUAUGGUUUGCCUGUAAUAGGGAUCUAGACCUGGCAAGAUCAGGAGGAGAGCAGUGAACCUUUUUGGACCUUGAGUGGCUUGAGGUGUGUACCUAACACCCACCGCACUGCAGAUAUGGACACUGGGCUCGCUGCACCAACUUCACCAUGCUAGUCCAUGGGAAUGAAGAUUUCCCCUAUGACGUGGUCUACAUUAUCUUGGAACUGGUCAUUGCAGUGCUGGCCAUCUUGGGCAACAUCCUGGUCUGCUGGGCCGUCUAUCUGAACAGUAACCUUCAGAACGUCACCAACUACUUUGUGGUGUCCCUGGCAGUGGCUGACAUAGCAGUGGGUUUGCUGGCCAUCCCCUUUGCCAUCACCAUCAGCACUGGUUUCUGCGCUUCCUUCUAUGGCUGCCUCUUCAUUGCCUGCUUCGUCCUGGUUCUGACGCAAAGUUCCAUCUUCAGCCUCUUGGCAAUCGCCAUUGAUCGGAUUAUUGCCAUCCGGAUACCUCUCAGGUACAACGCUUUGGUGACUGGCUCACGAGCAAAAGGCAUCGUAGCCAUCUGCUGGGUCUUGUCCUUCAUUAUUGGCCUGACGCCUAUGCUGGGCUGGCACAAAUGCUCCUCAGAAAGCAACGGGCAGAACCGCUCACUCACUGGUAACUGCAGCAAUAACAUGGUGGCGUGCUUGUUUGAGUCUGUCGUCACCCUGGAGUACAUGGUUUACUACAAUUUCUUUGCCUGUGUGCUCGUUCCCCUCCUUAUCAUGUUUGGAAUCUACCUGAAAAUCUUUAUGGCAGCCCGGCGGCAGCUCAAACAGAUAGAGAACAAGAUGGUUCACGGAGAACGGUCCUGCUCUAUCUUGCAGAAGGAGGUCCACGCGGCCAAGUCUUUAGCUUUCAUUGUCGGGUUAUUUGCCAUCUGCUGGCUCCCCUUGCACAUCAUCAACUGUUUCAACUACUUCUGCCCACUUUGCAUGCGCCCUCCCAUUUGGGUGAUGAACUUCGCCAUCAUCUUGUCCCAUGCUAACUCUGUGGUGAACCCGCUGAUCUAUGCGUACAGGAUCAGGGAGUUCCGGCACACCUUCCAUAAAAUCAUUGGGCAGCAUAUUAUGGGCAAGAAGGAUCAGUUCAAGCCAGCCACUGCCAGUCGGAGGACUUCCAUUCAUGAUGGAGAUACUGACCAUUCCAGCGUACGUAUUAGCACCUAUGCUCGGUAUCUCUACCCCAGUGGGGACUCAGACAGCAUCCACACUGAGAGCGAUUUGGGGAAAAACGUGGCCUUGGAAUGGCACCAGAAUGGAAAUGCAUUGGAUAGGGAAGCCAAUGGACAUAUCCCACAUUCCUGCAACAACCGGGAUCUCAUAAAUGGUCCCAGGAAAAUAGAGCUGCUCAGCAAAGAGUACGUCGGGGUUCCUAUCACUUUGGCUGGUUUGGAGGCUUCACCUUUAGAAGCUUCUGAUGUUUCCUGAUGCUUCACAGGAAAUCAGCUUCUGGAAUGGAUUCCUUAGUUGAAGUGAAAAAUGUCCAGGUCAUUGUUGAUGGAAGGGGAAGGAAUUCCUGUCUCGACUGCCAGGAAGACGUAAGAACUGCAUAAGAAGAGGGUCCGUAGAAAUGAAAGGGCCAUAAGAUUUUUUUUACCUUUCAAAGGGCCAGCUUGUGGGCAAGGAGAAAAAAAAACAGGCCAGUGUGGACAGGAGGGCGUGUGCCUUUGAGUCUCAGAAAAAGGAGCUGUUGCAAUAUUGCAUCUCUUGUGCAUCAGCAGUCAUAUCUGGCCUGGCCGAGUUGUACUUAGCAAAAAGAAAUAAAAGGAUGACUGGAAA